GAGCCGAAGUUCAACCCCUGCAAGCACAACUAGGUGAGUAUAGACACACACACACUUGUAUAAGCUAUUUUAGUCCCCAUAGUCCGUCCUCUACCAAUUCACUGGGUGUUUCUCCAAGGUAAACAACCUCACGCUCUAGAACACCCAAAAUACCACAAUUCUUAUCAACUUGGAGACUUAAUUUUAUAAACAAAAGCCCUUGCCUCACGUGAGCCCUUCGGGGUGAAAUAGAGACAUGGAUCUUUAUAUUUAAAAUAGCUACUACGAAGUUGGGAAUUGUUUGGGUGAGCGGCGUGUGUUGGUGUUGCAAGAGACCAGCUCAUGCCAUCUAUUGGCGGCGUGAGGAACCACUGGCCCGAUAACCGGCCUCUUGCACCACGUCAAGUGUAUGCAUAAUACAACUCCCCAGAUCCGCCCAAUUAAUCUAAUCAACGGAAAACACCAAAGCCAAAGAGAAGCCGAUAACUGACAACAAUCUGAAACCUUAUUUCGUAGCGGGGGCGAGAGAGCGCUGCUCGUCAUCCACGGCACUAGACGAGGUCUGGUAACACAAAUCCUGCUACCGAUAACACCUUACAUACAAUCAAAUUGUUUCUUAUCGGAAGGAGGGAACAAUUACAAUCUCAAUUUAAUACAAUCAUUAACGACAUAAUGUGUCACACUUGGGCCAAUAUUAACAACUUUGGUCCAGUCAAAAUCUAUAUAACUUUACAAUAUAAAAAAAAUUUAACAAAUGGAAUAGGCGUUCGAAGCCUAAAAAAAAUGGCUUUCGAACCAAAACCCAACCGAAGCAAAAGAAGAUUCUUGUCAAUGGGAGAAAGGAUUCACUUACAAAAAUUGAAGAAAACAUUUUCCGGAGUCACAGAAUUAAACACAGGUGGAGGAGUAGGUGCGGGAGGAAGUCCUAAUCAUGCAAACUAUCAUAGGAAAGGAAACCCACAGCAAGUUUGCCAGGAAGGUGCCCCCUCUGUGUUGCAUGAUCCGGGCAUCCUUAAAGUGGAUUCCACCCAGAUUGCUCGUACCUCGUCACACACCAUCACUCAAACCGAUGAGCAGCAUUUCAUGAGUGAUAGCGGGUUAUGUAAGGCGGUGGCAAUGCAUGGAGAAUCUCAGUUCAACUCAAAAUGAUUGUGAAAGGACAAGACAGAGUAGACCCUCUACUCAUUCAGUCACAGUUUGUGAAGACUGUGGAGGACAUUCUCAGCAGCCCCUCAACUCUACCAUACUUCCUUCAGUUUCUUCAGGGUUGGGGUGCGGACAAGUAUGCACGGUUUUGGAUGGAUACCAACAGCUUUAGUGCUGCAGCCGUAACACGCAUCAACAGUCAAGAUUUUCAAGUUUCCUAUGAUAAUCCUUCUUCCAUGCCUGGUAAUAUAGGGGAAAAAAGUAAUAAAGAAAAAUAUAAUAAAACCUUAGACAGUGACCAGAGAAUAUCUUCUUGUGAUAGUAAAAGUGAUUUCUGUAAAACACACUCGCUUGAAAAAUUCAGUUUGGAUUGUUCGAAGGACAUCCAAAAUACCCGGGACAAAAGUCUAAUACUGCCUGAUCUAGUGAGUAGUAUUGAAAAUGCCAGUGAUGUUACUCCCCUGAACACUCCUGAUGGGAGCUCCUCAAAAGUGUUAACGUGUCGUGCUCGAACUUCUCAAGAAGAACAAAUUAGUGUUAGAGAAAAAGAAAAUGUGUUAAUUCAACAAAAGAAUAUUGAAAUGCAACCCAGCAACAGUGCAGCACAAGAUACAAGUACGAACGAGAGUAGUAACUCUAGCCUAAGUGCCUCCCAGUGCCUUCAGGCACAGAAACUAAGACAGAGUAUAGCAGAUGAUGCCAUGAGAAUUUUUAACAAGUAUCUAGCAAAAGAUGCCGAACAUUCUGUCGGAGUGAAUGAUGCUGUUGUAGAUAACAUUUUACAAAAUAUUUCUAUUGUACAAGAAGAUAUUGAUCCUAAUUGCUUCAUGUCAGCUCAGAAGAUUGUGUUCAGUGCUUUAGAACAAGAGUUUUUGCCCAAGUUUCUGGCUAGUGACUACUACCUCAAACAUCAGAUCGAUGUCCUCACCAGUGGCUCAGUUCGGUUGGCAGAUAUACUCUACAGUGACUCUGCAUUUCCCUAUUUUAUGGAGUACGUGGAGCAAGAGGGUGGGCGGAAUAUGCUGCAGUUGUGGGUGGCAGUAUCAAAUUUUCGGCAGCAGCUGAUGGAACAAGCCGACCUGUAUGAUUCAAAGCAGGCACAAGCUGAUGCCAUGAUUCUGUAUGACAAGUAUUUCUCUUUGCAAGCAAUGUGUCCACUUGGCUUCAGUGAUAGUGUCAGGUUCAUUGUAGAGGGAAACAUUUGUCGUGAGAAAGGACCUCUGCCCUCUUGUUUUGAUUUACCACUUAGAGUGGUACUGCAUAUACUGGAGAGAGAUUUCUUGCCGGGUUAUUUAUCUUCCAACCUACACAUUAAGUACCUGAGUGAACUAAUCAACACAGUCAAAACAAGUGUGGAACUGCUUGGUCGCAAGAAACGUUCCGGUUCUGAGAGUACUUGCAGCAGCGAGCAGAGCAGCAGUUGUGGCGGUGCAGGGAUCAGCACUCACAACACAUUGCUGGCCAUGGAUACAUCUGCACCCCAUCGCUUCCGCAACUUGGAUGAUCCCACGCUUGCCAUGAGGAUAGAUGAAGCUCAGAUAACAGAUCCUGACUCACUGUGGCGUAGGAAAAAUUUUAGCAAAAUGAGUUGUGGCUAUAUCAACGAGCUUGGAAGAUUUGAGUCUGAUCUCCAGCCCGAGCCAGACCGCAAAACGGAAUCCAAAAUCUCAAAAACACUGAAGAAAUUUGUUAAUAUGGACGAGGACAAAGUCAAAGAAGACAUGGCAUACAAAGUGGCCGAGAUGAUCAUUAAGGAUGUGACGAGUGUGACUCUUAGCUCGCAGCACAGUGGUAGGUCAAGUGUGGAGUCGUCGGCACCACCCCUCUCUCCAUCCUCGGUCUCCCAAGAUAAUCUCAGUGAUGUCUUCUCGUCGUGAUUGGAGAAAUUAUUCAUUGUUAUAUAUACUCUAUUAUUUCUUAACAAUUACCAAUACAAUAUAUCUUACUAUUUUAAUUAGCUACAUUAACAUACAACAGUGGGUUUGACUUGGCAUUAGCUGGAUUGUUUAAUUAGACUGGUUAGUGUGAUUGGGUUGUCGAAUGAUGUGAUAUAUUUAAAAUGAUGAAUUUUGUUAAAAUUUAUAGCUAAAAUACUUGUACUCACCUAGUUGUGCUUGCGGGGGUUGAGCUCUGGCUCUUUGGUCCCGCCUCUGCUGUCAAUCAACUGGUGUACAUAUUCCUAAGCCUACUGGACUCUUAUCAUAUCUACAUUUGAA